AUGGCACCCUUCUCGUCAAAGACCAAGAGUCCCUUCACAAAGUCGGACAACCUCCUCUUCGACCCCGCCCUGAUCCCAGCAUCCAUCCAGGAAUCCCUCCCCGCCGGAUAUGUCGUCCGCCCCUUGGCCCGGUCCGAUAACCAGGUCCGAUCCAACUCCUCCUUCCUCAAGACCCUCGAGGUUCUCACCACCGUCGGCACCAUCUCUGACGAAGCCUUCCAGCGCCGCUUCCAGUACCUCAAGGAGCAUUCGGAUCAGUACUAUACGAUUGUCAUCGAGGACAUGAACGUGCCCCCGACCUCUGCAGGAUCUGCAACCUCUUCAUCACCGUCAUUGGUCACCCCCGGUCGGGGCAAGAUUGUUGCGGCUGGGACCGUCCUGGCCGAACGCAAGUUUAUCCAUGAGUUGGGAAUGGUGGGUCAUAUUGAGGAUAUUGCGGUCUCGGCCGACCAGCAGGGCAAGAAAUUAGGUCUGCGGAUCAUUGAGACCCUCAAGGCUAUCGGACAGCAGGUCGGUUGUUACAAGGUCAUCUUGGAUUGCUCAGAGAAGAACGUACCCUUUUAUGAAAAGUGCGGCUUUGAGCGCAAGGGUGUCGAGAUGGGCUGGUAUGUCAACAAGCACAAGACCGCUAGCCCCUCUGAUGCUUACGCACCCAUCCAAGCCAAGCUCUAG